AUGUCUGGGUUUUUCUCACUAGGUGGUAAGGAUCAAGAACAAGAACACAAUCAAGACACUAAUAAUAGCUCGUUUCUGUUUAAGAACGAAGAGAUCUAUAGCAAGGGUUUUGAGCUAUGGCAACAGUACUAUCAGUCGCAUCAACAAAAGCUACAGCAAAAUCAUCAGGAUGUGGAUUUCUCGGUUGGACCCAGUAGUAGGACUAAUACUAUUGCAGGUGAUGACUCUUCAAACUAUAGUUACAGAUCAGCAGGGUUUAGGGUCAUGAUGAGGCAAGGAAGAGACGGUGGAGAGGGCGUGAAUUGCCAAGAUUGUGGUAAUCAGGCUAAGAAGGAUUGCCCACAUCUUAGGUGCCGGACUUGCUGUAAAAGCCGAGGAUUUCAGUGCCAAACCCAUGUUAAGAGCACCUGGGUUCCGGCUGCUAAAAGGCGCGAGAAGCACCAGCAGUUUGCGACCUUGCAGCAGCAUCAGCAACAAAUGCAAGAUCAACACCAGUUAACGCUGAGAGAGGAAAUUCCCAAGAGGCAGAGAGAGAAUCCUGGUGGUGGAGGUGGUGGUUCUUCUUCUCUUGCCUGCACUACUACUCGUUUACCCACCUCAACGUCAGGGUUUGAGUUGGGGAACUUUCCAGCAGAAGUGAAUUCUUCAGCUGUUUUUCGCUGCGUAAAAGUGAGUGCAAUGGAUGAUGCUGAGGAGGAGUACGCCUACCAAACGGCAGUCAGUAUUGGAGGCCAUGUUUUCAAAGGAAUUCUCUACGAUCAGGGUGCCGAAAGCCGCUAUCCUGGGGACAACUCUCCGGGCUGCGGCGGAUCCCAACAGCCACGUGAUCUCAUCACCGCCGCUGCAGCCACCACUAGCCACCAGGGUUUGACAAUGCUUGACCCUUCAAUGUACCCAACUCCUCUUAACUCUUUCAUGGCCGGUACGCAAUUCUUCCCACCACCAAGGCCAUGA